UAAAAUUGUGUUUGGUUAUGGUCGUUUUACAUCAGAUAGACUGAUCUGAAAGUCACCUUUUCUAUUCUUUCCAAGACUACUGCAAGCUUAAUUUACUGCAACUGCUAGGAGGAUCCAGCAUGUCGAAGACACUCUGUGUUCUUCUACUUUUCUAUUUGCUUCUGAAUUGUACACCACCUAUAGCAAGCCAUUUCCCGUAUGUGCCGCAAUGUCAUGAAGCAAAUACGUAUUGCAUUUACAUUGAUCCAAACAAUGGCUCAAACGAUAUCAGCUGUCUAAAAACAUCCGAUAGUCAAAUUGCUCCCUGUAAGAAUCUCAGUUUUGCGUUCAAUGUUUCUUAUCGAUCUAACCAUACUGUCUAUGUGCUCUCCAACGGAACCCACGUGCUUGAAACUGUGGAGACUUUUCAGGCCCUCAACGAUAUUUCAUUCAUUGGGACAGGAAUUAAUGAAUCAGUUAUUCAAUGUCAGGUUUAUAAUGGCAGUGGACUUUCUUUCUAUGGAGUUAGUAAUCUUCACUUUACCAAUCUUAGCGUUUCAAAUUGCUCUUCUUCGCAGAACAGUACAAGCCUGAGUGAAAUACCACACAAAAAGUUGGUACUUCUAGUUUGUAUUUCUACCGUUGUAAAAAUCUCACAAUGAACUAUGUCAGCGUAAGAAAUAGUCCUAAUGCUACUGGUGUUGUUGUGUAUGACACUACUGGGAUGAAUGUAAUUUCACAUUCUAAGUUUUCAAACAAUGCUGUGUUUAAUUCUUCUGGAGGGGGUGGAUUUUAUGUCGAGUUUACGUACUGUAUACCUGGUAGCAACAACUGUUCAGAUAAUGAUCGAUUGUCCUACACAGAUCAAAAUCACAACUCUACCUACACUUUCGACACUUGUACAUUUGAGAACAAUAUUGCUCAGGCCAAUACACAUUCGAAUGCUAUAUACCUUGUUCCCUAUCGUUCUAAUCACAUUGCUCUUGGUAGAGGUGGUGGAUUAUCUAUAUUUUUCAAAGGAAAUGCCAGAAGUAAUGCUUUUAAUAUCAAAAACUGCAACUUUACAAAUAAUUCUGCCAAUUGGGGUGCUGGUUUGUUUGUAGAGUUUCAUGAUGACACUUAUAACAAUGAAGUAAAUAUUGAACAAUGUUUUAUGCAUCUUAAUCGUUGUCCCUUCACUGCCGAGAAUGGUACAGCGGGUGGUGGAAUGCGUCUGGGUCACUAUGUGUUUGGUAAUGGAAAUCACUCACUACAUGUACUUCCUCCAAACCGGAUUACAGUUAACGGCUGCAAUUUUUCAAACAACUCUGCUUUUAAUGGUGGAGGAAUGUCAAUUUCACCAACUGUUCAGAAUGUUGAUGCACACCAGGUAGCCAAAAUUCUGAUUAACAGCACUACAUUUGAGAAGAAUUGUGCCCGUCUUGGUGCUGCCCUGCACAUAAGCAGAUUCGCAAUGAUACUUGAUGGUGAUAUCCUACAGGUUGCACUUCGAAACUGUACCUUUAAAUUCAAUUCAAUCGAUUUUGUCAACUAUUUGCAACGUAAUGAACGUAUUGAGAUCCGUGCAUACCAACCAGGGCUGGGUGCUGUCUACGUCAAUCAAGUCCCAGUAGUAUUUCUAUAUUUUGCUAAUUUUACGAAUAACAAUGGUUCAGCACUGGCGGCUAUUGGAUCAUCCCUCAAUUUUUCUAGUUGUCUUGGCUGGUUCUCGGGCAACCGGGGAAUAAAAGGUGGUGCAAUUGCUCUGCUUGGCCUUGCUUUUUUAAGAGUAAAUGAUGAUACAAAACUAAUAUUUUUGAGCAAUCUAGCAAUUAUGGAUGGGGGUGCGAUCUACAACAGAUAUAUUGAGAGAGAAAACUUGAUUUCGUAUGGCAACUGUUUUAUUCGACAUAGUAACCACCUUAUAGGCCCUGAAAAGUGGAAAUCAAAAUUUUUGUUCUCCUAUAAUUUUGAUCAGAGUGGGAACCGAACAAAUGCUAUCUUUUCCACCUCCAUUUUCCCAUGUGCUUGGGCUGGCGGCAGCCUUGUUAAUCAAAAUCUGAGUAGAGUGUUUUGUUGGAAUGAUUACUGGAAUUACGACUCACCAAACUGUACCAAUCAUAUCCAUUCAGAUAUUGGGAAAGUGUCGUUUUAUGAUUCUUCCAAUAUUGUUAGAGCAUUCCCAGGUCGCAAGUUUAAUAUACCGAUUGAACUUUCAGACGAUUUAGCACAUGAUCUCGGACAUCAAAAUGUAUUUCGUGCUACUCUGAAUGGCUAUUACAAUAGGACUACUUUAAUAAUACCACAGUACAUUUGGAAGCAAGAAACAUCAAUCAAUGGAAAUGUGAGUAGUGAUUCUAAGCUACUCCUGGACGGUGUACGUGAUCAUGCCUGGCAUAUUGUUGUCAAGGUCAAAUUAGAGGACUGUCCACCUGGUUUCAAAUUUGAUGGACAAAGAUUGAACUGUGUCUGUGUGCCUAACUCAUACUCUGGAGCUGUACACUGUGAUACUAGUGACAACCCUCACCUUAAAAAUAACACUUGGAUGGGCAAGGUUAAUCAUACUGGCGAUUACCUUGUUGGUCUUUGCCCGCCACAGUAUUGCUUUUCUAAUGAAACGGUGCUUCCAAACAAGUCAGACCUGCUUGAAAACCAGAUCUGUGGAAAGUACCAUCGAAACGGAACUCUGUGUGGGCGUUGUAUUGACAACUACUCUGUCACAGUAAACACAAAAUAUUACGAAUGUAUCAAUUGCACUGGGGAAAAUGUUAUCCUCAAUAGAGUCAAGUAUGUUGCUGCUGUGUACAUACCACUAACUCUGCUCUUUUCAUUGAUCAUCAUAUUUAAUAUCCGUUUAACCAGUGCUGCUGCAAAUUCUUUUAUUCUCUUCAGCCAAGUGAUCUCAAGUACAUUCGAUUUGAGUGCAGAUGGUCAAAUCCCUUAUUCAGCGAUAACUGGGGGAAAAAGUAGAGGUGGAUUUAUACAAAUAUAUAAAUACAUUUACGGAAUCUUCAAUUUGGAGUUUAUUGAACAAUUUCUGCACCCACUUUGCGUAGGAGAUAUAUCCCCGCUUGAAGCUAUCUCUUUGGAUUACAUCGUCGCAUUCUUCCCACUAGUGAUGAUUUUACUCAUUCUGGUAUUGUAUAAACUAUGGAGUUGUAUUCGAAUUCCAUGUUGCCGUACUCAACAAAUCCGACACUUCAUUAUACCUCAUAGGAGGAUGAACAUAAGUCAAGCCUUGCUGCCAGCAUUUGCAGCAUUUUUCCUUUUAUCCUACAACAAAUUCAGUCAGAUAUCGAGUCUGCUGGUUGGCUCUCAGAGUCUUGUUUCAGAUUCAGGUGAUGCUGCCACAAUUGAAGGUGGCUUGCGGGUGUACUAUGAUGGUUCUUACUCAUUCUAUGAUCCACACUACCAAAGAUAUUACCUGAUUCCUGCCUGCAUAAUAUUCGGAACUUUUGUCGCAAUUCCUCCCAUACUAUUGCUUGAUUUUCCCAUCAAACUUUUUGAGAAGGGUCUAAGCAAAAUAGGAUUUUUAUGGAGAAAGUAUCCAGUUGACAAAGUGCACAUUUUGUUGGAUACGUUCCAAGGAUGCUUCAAGAACAAUAUGCGUAUAUUUGCAGGAUUGUACUUUCUGUUUCGGCUCGUUGUAAACACAGCGUACAAUAUAACGACCCUGUGGCUCACACAAUAUCUAUUUCAAGAAAUAGUAUGCUUAGUAAUGGUUGCAUUGUUGUUAGUCUGCCAACCAUACAACAAAGACAACAAGAUGUUCAACAUUAUUGACCCUCUCAUCUUCUUAAAUCUUGGUGCCCUGAAUAUUAUCAGCUUUUACCUUUUGUCUGUAUCGUUAUCUCCACACAACAAAAAUUACAUGUACCUUCUUAUAGUCCAGUAUGUUCUACUGCUGCUACCUUUAGUCUACAUGCUAUCGUUUUUGGCAUGGUACUUCUUAAAGCCUUGUGUGAAAAAGCUGAAAGUCAAAUUACUUAACAGUAUACCUGAUCAGAAGAAAGUAAACUUUGACAUAAUCAGAAAUGUAGCAACGUCACAACAAGUGGAAGUGAGCGACGAAUCUGACGAAGAAGAAGCUCUUCUGAAACGAGCAGAAUCAUGCAACACCUACCGACCCACCAGUACGUUGGUGGAGAUCAGUGAUGUGCAUGAACAUACUGGUGAGCUGAGGGAAUCUUCAGACUCUGGCUUACGAUCAGCUCAAACAACUUCUAGUAACGAUUACGGAUCCUUACGAAAUAGCUCCCGCAGCACAAAGACAACAAACUAGUAAUACAACGCUAUUCCCUAUGCGUAUAGCAUUAUUAUGUGUUCUUGUAUUGUAUUGUAUAACUAUGGGUGAUGCUUAUUUUUGUUGCAGUGAUUAAAUGACUAGCCAUCCUAGACUAAUAAUGAGAUUCAUAUCUGGCCAGC